GCUAUUGCCUAUUUGUUAUUUGCUAAUGUAACUACCUAUAUAAGAUUCAUUUUUCUUAAUUCUUUGGGUUACAUAAAUUAUUUUUUUUGAAUUUAAUUUUUUUUGUUUUAAAUAGUUGAUACUUGAACACAAUUAACUCCCUUUAUUUAAAAAUGGCUGGGUGUUCUAGAGACAGUCAAAAUGUUGAUUCUGACAAUAUUCAAACCAAUUUGCAGAGAUCAUCUUGUUGUUAUGUGUGCAAUGGUUACUAUGGAUCAUGUUUUGACGAACAAAUUUGUCAAACAUGUCAUUUGUUUCUUUUUUCUGAAGAGCUCACACAAGCUGUCCAAGAAGAUGUGCAUAAUACGAUGGGAGUUGAGGAUGGAGAUAGUGGAAAUGAUGAACCAGCAGAUAUAUUUUAUAAUGGUUUUCAACGACCAGUUCAAGAUGUACCACUUGACGCGCGUGAACAAGCUGCUCCUUCACAAGAUCUUGCACGACGAAUUCAGUUAUUAUCAGAAUUAUCAGCUCUACGUACUCAACCCUUUGAUGAUGAUAGUGAUUAUUUCCAAGAACUUCCUCCAGAAGUGUUAUUAACUGUAUUUUCAUAUUUGGAUGACUUUAGUCUGUGGUGUGUAAGUAAGGUAUGUACUCGUUGGAAUCAAUUGUUACGUUCACAUAUUCCACAAACAUGGCGUAGGUUUGUAGUUAAUUGUUGGCCUCUUUACCAGCCAUUAAAACCUGUUGAUGAUUGGCUUUCAGUUAGUUCAGCUUUAUUUGCUAGUUCAUCAUGCUUAUUAUGUAUUCGUCGAAUGUAUUAUCGCCCACAUGCUGAAUGUCAAGAAAAUUCAUGGAGAAGAAGACGAUUACGGCAUGAAGUUAAAAAUUUAAAGACUGAUCCACCUGAAGGUAUUAGAGCAAUAUCUCUGGAUAAUCAUUGGUGUCACUGGCAAGCCACAAUUUUAGGACCGGCUGGUAGCCCUUUUGAAGGAGGAAAAUUUUUUCUAUACAUACAAAUACCUUAUGGUUAUCCAAUGACUCCUCCAGUGGUUAGAUUUUUAACUAAAAUAUUUCAUCCUAAUAUUUCUCGUCAUGGAGACAUUGGUAUAGAUUCACUCCAUUAUAAUUGGAGUUUAGCAUUGACUAUUGCUAAAGUAUUGAUUUCUAUUCAGUCACUGCUAACUGAUCCAUUUUGUGAUGUAUGUAUGGAACCUGACAUUGCACGUCUCUACAACAAUGAUCGACAGACAUACAAUACUAUUGCACGAUAUUGGACUCAUCGAUUUGCUAUGAACGAUAUAUUAACAUGGACUAAUUAAGUUUGACCAGAUUGAGAGACUAGUUCAAUGACUGGGUAUUUAAAAUUUAUAACUGAAGUAAAUUUUCAAAUAAAGUUUUCAUUUAUAAAUUCUAGGUUCAA